AUGCCUGGAAGCGAUCAUGAUUCGGUGAUUCCAGCCCAACUUUCUUACCUCGCCAUCUAUAACCCGACCCUCGGACGUACCGACGAGACGGUAGCGGACCAGAUCGUGUUUUAUACUUCGAAAUCGAGCUAUGCACGGCGCAUCGAUGGGUCCACUACAGAAGGCGAGAACAAAAAAUGCCUUGAAGAUGAAGGGAAUGAGAGAUUGCGCCAGGUAGGUCUGGCGCAGGGCAUAGUCAACUUUGCUAGUAAUUUCUCGGCUGGGAAGACAUUGGAAUAUGUUGAAACAGAUAAAGCGCGGGUCGUUCUACUUGAGUUGGAGAAGGACUGGUGGAUUGUUGCGAUAACGGCGCAGAUCACAAAGCUCACGUUAAGCCAGUCUAUCGACCUGACCCGAAUUCCCGCCGAUCCAGCCCAGAGAACCUCUGGAGCAUCCGACUCUCCGGCAUUUCAUUACUCCUCGCGAGAGAUGGGACCGCCCCCUCUACUGAUUCAGCAACUACGUCGCGCCCAUUCGGAAUUCCUCCUACACCAUAACUUCAAAUUGGACAGCCUCCUCCAUCAAGUAGGCAGGUCCACAUUUUGUCUAUUCCUUGAGCGUUUCUGGGAGAAGUUUGCGUGGAAUUGGGAACUUCUGUUGACCGGAAACCCAAUUGUCGAUAUCUAUAAUGGCAUCAAACUCUCUGCGGGAGGAGAGCUGGGGAUCGGCGUUGGAGAGGAAGAGUGGGGCAGCGGGGAAAGAGAAGUACUUGAAGACUUUGUGACAAGGACCGACGGGUUGGUGGAUUUGGUCGUCUCCAGGUUUGGUGAUGAGGGUUCUCCGGCUUUGGAAGGGUCAAAUGACGAAAGUCGAUGGCUUGGGGCAGAUAAUGAUCCUCGACCAUCCGAUGGUGUGGUAUUUACUGGUGUCGGUGCUCUUUCUCGGCACUCAUUGGCACAAGUGUCACAUUGGAUGCAAUGCAUUUAUCGGUUUGGGGAUGCUGCUUAUGGAGUUGGGCGGGACCCAACCUCGCUACGUCGCCGUAAACCACGAAAGCAGCGUGGAAGGCAAAGCUCGGAAGAUGCCCCUCAGCCCUCCACGCCGGACCGCAAUUUUACGCCAGGUAUACCUCGUCCGCUUGUAACAGCUGCACCGCAGCCAUCCCCGGCAGUUGUCGAGCAGAAUCAAGCAGGACCAAGAAACGAGGCAUCUCCACUUCGUACCGAGCAAAACAGCGAGAACCUAGGGUUUCCAACGGAGACAGUCAUGAAAUACCUCACACUUGGAUAUGGCUCCUCUUGGAGUUUCUCUCCAAAGUCGACAUCUACGCCGCCCGAAAAUUCUACCCCAAUGCGAGAUGAAUCUAAUUCGUACAUCUCAACCCCGAGGAAUCGGCCGAUUAGUGCCGCACAAUCGCUUCAGGCUGGCAUAAACCAUCGAAACAGCAAGAGAAACAGUCCUUCGGGUCAUUUCGUUCUUGGGCCUCGCGAUGAUCUAGAAACGUUGGAUGAUUUAGAAGAGGGAAGCCCAGAGCCCGAAUCGGAGAACGGCAAGCCCAAGUCUCGGAUAGUGCAUAGAACACUCCAUGUCCACCUGGCAGAGGGGUCAGAUACUACUCCGACAAGGCUCCAAGUUGUGAUAUAUGUGCAUCAACCAUUCAUGUUCACAUUCCUCUUUGAUCCUGAAACACCAGCAUUAUCAUCACCAUCACUAUACUCAAGCAUACACCAUCAACUCGGUCCUCUUCAGAAACCCCUUCUAUCAUCAACAUCCCCAACAAUGGCAGCCUCUCGAAUCGCCAUGUCCGAAACCUCCCCGGACCCCAAUAAGCGGUUCUCUACUCGAACCCAGCCAGUUUACGACUUACCCGUUCCCCAUCCCCCUCCCCCCUCCCAAGCUUCAACACCACCACCCUGGUCCCGCACCGAAAGCCUAGCAAUUCACCACCGCCUCCUAUCAACACACGCAGACACGCGGUCCCGCCCGCAAGAGCUCGAACGCACAAGCAAAACCCACCGCGGAUGGUGGGUCCUCUGGGUCCGCAUUCCACACAGCACAACCCAAACUCCAACCGCGCUGUCUGCCACUUCUUCAUCCGCCGCCCUCUCAUCCAUAGCCAACAACGAUGACUCCUUCCCCGCAAACCAGUCCCAAACACACUCUACCCCUCCGCCACAGGAGGCCUUCCUCGUCCGCAAAGCGAGCGACUACAUCUCCCCGGCAAGCCAGGGCCGUGUCAGUAGUGGCGCUCGCUUCUUCCGUGAUCUAGGCGGUGCCUCUUCUUCAACUGGCUUGGGGCCUUCCCGUGCUGCAGAUAUGGCGCCGUCAAAGCUGGUUGAGGGGCUUGGAAUGGACGCUAGGCGUUAUAUUGAGGGUCUGCUGAGUCUGAAUCGGUAG